UUGUCCAGAUAUAUGCCCCAAUCAAAAAAUGAGCAGAAGACCUCCAUAGACAUUUCUCGAAAGAAGACAUAUGGAUAGCUAAUAGGGACAUGAAAAGAAGCUCAACAUUAUUCUUAUCCCCAUCUAACAGUCUAUACAUUCUACUUACAUAAUUAACUUUAAAUCUGUCUUCCCUCUAGAGGGUGGGUUCCAUGAGGGCAGAGAUUUGUUUUAUUUACUGAUGUAUUAUCUUCAGUAUUGAGAAUAAUGUCUGGCACACAAAAGCAAUGCUUAUUGAAUAAACAAUUUUUUUUCUCAGUGAUUGAAAAGCGAGGUCUACAGUGAGUUUGGGCAAUGGGUUAGAUAAAGUGGGUUUUGGAAGGUAGAUCUGACAUUAUAUCAUAAGAACUAUAAUGGCUAGCAUUCAUUGAACAUGUGUUAUGUACCAGUCACCAUGCUAAAUUCUUUAGAUUUAUUGCUUCAUUUACGUUUAUCGUCAUUACAGAGACUUUCAGGGUCCCAGUUGUGAAGCUUAGUUGUUGAUGCAUUGAUGAAGCUUUCUGAUCCUUUUUCAUAGAAUUUAACAUUAUUAGUUAUAGUUGCAUGCUUGAGUUGGCUUUUGUUAAUACGUAAAAUUAGGUUUUGUAUUUUUUGAGAGUCAAGACCCAAGUCAACCAGUAGGAGUUUACAUAACACACUUAGAGUCUCUCUCUGCCUGACACUGUCUAGAGCCUGCCUUCCCUUGGUUUCAGCACAUGGAGCCUCGAAGACAAUACUUAGUCCAGGGAUCAAGAUAAACCCGUUUCUAUAUUACGUGUCUUCCAACUAUGAUUGUCUGAGGUUAGAGAUGAAGUUUUCCUCAAUUUCUGAAAUCUUCCCAAGUAUGAGCUGCUGCAGAGUGAACACCUGCAGGGCUCCUGCUCGGGAACACUGGUGCUCCUUGGCUCACUUUCCUCGACUUCCUCCUUCCCACCCUUUUGCAGGAAACAUGCCCUGGCCCACCUCACCACCUUUCUGUGCCUUAGGACCUCUCUCCAGAAAAGCGUGGCCUGGCUGCUUCUUUUAGCACCACUGACGGUGGAGGAGAGAUGGGGACCCGCACAAGAGGGAAGCUGUGACCUUGACCGUCCUCCCUGGGGCCAAGUCAGGACAUGCGUGUGAUACAUAGGGUGCACCUCAGUUCCGUCUAAAAAAAAGUUAGCAUUUGUCAAAAAACCUGUGAAUCCCGUAGCCAGACUUGUUUUUUACAUUUGAGGAAGCAGAGUGUUUGAAUGUUAACAACUACAAUAAGAAGGAUGAAGAAUGAGGCCACAGGACGUUCCCUUUCUGAGGGUAUGAUAGAGGUUUAAAUAAUAUGUGGGAACUUCCACCUUCCAGGAGUACGGAUGCCCAGUGAGAUCCUGGGCAGAAGAAUCAUGUGGGGAAACUGGACAAUUGUCAGCGAGUUUGUUCUUGUGAGUUUCUCAGCCCUGUCCUCUGAGAUCCAAGCUCUGUUGUUUCUCCUUUUUUUGAUCAUUUACCUGGUCACCCUGACGGGAAAUGUCCUCAUCAUCCUGGUCACUACUGCUGACUCUGCCCUGCACAGCCCCAUGUACUUCUUCCUCAGGAACUUGUCCUUGGAGAUUGGCUUCAACCUGGUCAUUGUGCCCAAGGUGCUGGGGACCCUGAUCACCCAGGACACAGCCAUCUCCUUCCUCGGCUGUGCCGCUCAGAUGUAUUUCUUCUUCUUCUUUGGAGCUGCUGAGUGCUGCCUCCUGGCCACCAUGGCAUACGACCGCUACGUGGCCAUCUGCGACCCUUUGCGCUACCCGGUCAUCAUGGGUCGCAGGGCUUGUGCCCAGCUGGCAGCUGCCUCUUGGGUCUCAGGGUUUCCAGUGGCCACUGUGCAGACCACAUGGAUUUUCAGCUUCCCUUUUUGUGGCCCCAACAGGGUGAACCACUUCUUCUGCGACAGCCCCCCCGUCAUUGCCCUGGUCUGUGCUGACACCUCCGUGUUCGAGCUGGAGGCCCUGACAGCCACUGUCCUAUUCAUCCUCUUCCCUUUCUUGUGGAUCCUGGGGUCCUAUGUCCGCAUCCUCUCCGCCGUCUUCAGGAUGCCCGCAGCGGAGGGGAAGCACCGGGCCUUCUCCACCUGCUCCUCCCACCUGCUGGUGGUCUCUCUCUUCUACAGCACUGCCAUCCUCACCUACUUCCGGCCCCGGUCCAGCACCUCCCCCGAGGGCAAGAAGCUGCUGUCCCUGUCCUACACGGUGCUGACGCCCAUGCUGAACCCCAUCAUCUACAGCUUAAGGAACAGCGAGGUGAAGGCUGCACUGAGACGAGUCGUCCUCAGGGCCCUGGGCCCUCGGAAACUGUGACGGGCUUGGAAACCAAGGGGCAGCACUCCAGGACAAGGCGAAGAAAAGCAAGUUUCUCCAGGGGAAGAUGCCAAGGAAAUCCAUAGGAACCCAGAGAAAAUACUAAAUUUCUCUUCUCAGACCAAGAUCUUUUGUGCUCGAAAUCACCUCCUACUCUCCAAGCCGGUUGCUAUCCUCCAACCCCAGAUC